AUGGCAGAUUUAGAUAACUCCUCCACAGUUUCCGGCGAAGCAAGUGUUUCCUCCACCGGAAACCAAAACCCACUUCCGAAAUCCACCGGGAAAAAGAAACGAAACCUCCCCGGAAUGCCUGAUCCAGAAUCAGAAGUUAUAGCUUUAUCACCAAAGACAUUAUUAGCAACAAACCGAUUCGUCUGCGAAAUCUGCAACAAAGGAUUCCAAAGAGACCAGAAUCUCCAGCUACAUCGUCGUGGUCAUAAUCUACCAUGGAAACUCAGACAGAAAUCGAAGAAAGAAGUGAAGAAAAAGGUUUACGUUUGUCCUGAGUUAAGCUGUGUUCAUCAUGACCCUUCACGUGCUUUAGGAGAUCUCACCGGAAUCAAGAAACACUUUUGUCGGAAACACGGUGAGAAGAAGUGGAAAUGCGACAAAUGUUCCAAGAAAUACGCUGUUCAGUCUGAUUGGAAAGCUCAUUCCAAGAUUUGUGGUACUAAAGAGUAUAAAUGCGAUUGUGGUACUCUGUUUUCUAGGAGAGAUAGUUUUAUAACUCAUAGAGCUUUCUGUGAUGCUUUGGCUGAAGAAAGUGCGAGAAGCCAUAAUCAGAGUAGUAAGAAACAGAGUCUAGAAAUUUUGACCCGGAAGAAACCAGUACCCGACCCGAAAUCUUCACCGAAAUCUCCGGUGGAAACUCAGACUACUGCUAAAAUCAAAUCUUCUCCGGCUUUAAAGAUUAAGCAAUCAGAAUCCCCAAAAACCCCUCCUGAAAUCGUCCAAGAAGCUCCGAAACCGACCGGUUUAAACGUUACAAGCAACGGAGUUUUCGCAGGCUUAUUCGAGCCUUCCUCGACUUCUCCGAGCAUGUUCACAUCUUCAUCUUCUUCACGGAGUCUAUUCGCGCCAUCCUCAUCUAUCCAACCCAUCUCUUUGGGUCUCUCAACAAGUCAUGGAUCAUCAUCCUUUCUCGGGUCAAACCGGUUCCCAACUCUACCCGCCAUGUCAGCAACCGCUCUGCUUCAAAAAGCAGCCCAAAUGGGAGCAGCUUCUUCAGGAGGUUCGUUGCUUCGCGGGUUAGGCAUAGUUUCAUCGACUUCACCUUCAAUGGACGUAAUAGUCCCUCAUGGACUAGGAUUGGGACUGCCUUGUGGCGGUGAAAGCAGCUCGGGUUUAAAAGAACUCAUGAUGGGGAAUUCAUCCGUGUUUGGUCCGAAACAGACAACAUUAGACUUUCUCGGAUUAGGUAGAGCGGUUGGCAACGGAGGUGGUCCUGUAAAUGGACUAUCCGCUCUAGUUAGAGGAAGCGGCGGGAUCGAUGUAUCGAACACAUUUGGAUCAGGAGAGUUUUCAGGGAAAAAAGACAUUAGUAGAAGAACAUCAUAA